AUGAUAUAAAUAGGUACAAAUCAGGAGGGGGAGUUCGUUUUUGAUUCAAAAGAAUAAGAUUACGUUUUACUGGAUCUAAAUAGCUUACAGGAAUAAUUAGAGUAGGGGAGGAAAAAUGAAAUCUUUGACUUGUUGCAAUAAGUUAUGAAAUCUAAUGAAUAUUAAUCUUCGAGUGAGAAAGUGAAAAGCUAAAUUGAAUGGGCAUUGUAGACUGUAAAUGAGCAUCCUUCGGAAUAGUAUUUUAUUCUAAGAGCAAUUUAGUUACGAGUUGGAGUAAUAACUAGAAAAUUAGAGAUAUCCUGAAGUGCAUUCUGCUAAUAAGAUCAUCGAUAUGAAUAUUGGAAAAGUAAAGGCAAGGGUUCAAUUUAUGUCAUAAUAAGAGAGGAGAAAUCUUAUGAAAGUAUAUUUAGUUAGAGUAUUGAGACAAAAAGCUUGGAAAGAAGCAUUCAAUAAAUAUAUACUUGCAAAUAAAAUAAGUUUUAUAAGGAGCAAUUACAAUAAAAAUACAAAUUGAUGUAGAACGAGAUCAUUGAUAGGAGGAGGAAUGAAAUCUAGUAGUAAAGGCAAAAGCAUUUCCAGAUUAUGCAAAGUACGAAGGGGAAAUUGGGAUAGAUGUAAAUUUAUUUAAUAUUAAGGUUACAAAUAAAGGUCGAUGAGAACAAGCAAUUAAAAGAAUCCAUUCAAUUGGGGUUGUAUCAGACAAUGACUGAGUUGAGAUCGGAUAAUGUCAAAGCUUAUAGGAGAGUGAAAGUGAUGGAACAGGGACAAUAAGAGAAACUGUAAUUAUUCUGGCAAACCAAAUAAGUAAUGGCCAAAACGAAUUAUAAAAGAAAAGUAGAAGAUGCUUAUUUAAUAAAUAUGCAAGCUUAGGAUAGACUAUUGCAAUUGGAAUAAUAGGAAAUGGAAUUAAUGCAUAGAUUGAGAUAGACAGAAUAAUAAUAUUAGAUGAGUUCCAUCAGAUUGGAGAAGAUGAAAUCGAAAUCAUAUAAGGACUUGGGAAUGAUGUGGAGCUGA